AUGAGCGCUAGUCGUACGGGAACGGUGAACUCGGCGGCGACCGACGACCGUCGCUCCGUAGUUUCCUGUAAUUCAAGCACAGCGUCAACGUUGGUCGCUGAUAGCGUGGUUUCUUCAAAAACCGCCGCUUCACAACUUAGAAAGUAUUGUUUUUAUUUAUUUCGUUAGAAAAAAAAGGUUUAAGAUUCACCGCGGGAGUUGGACGCCCCGGUUUGGCAAGGGAGGCACGCGAAGCCGUUAGGACCGUCCUCGUCACUCAAAACCCACUAGUUUGUUUUACUUUUUUUUUGUGUCACUAAUUGCAUGAGGAUUUAUUGAUUUUGCGGACCGUUGGAAUGUUCCUGAACAGUCGAGAGAAUUGUUAUUUUUUCGAAACAUAAACAUUGGAAGUUUACAAUGCAAUGCAUUGAUUCACGACAUCGCUCAUAACGUAAAUGUCUGUUUCCAGACCAUGCGACUAAUUUCCUUCCAAGUUUUUUCUCCUCCGUUGAAUAAUUUCUCUAAAAAAACUAGAUUUGAAAAGAUGAAAAUCUAAAAUCUUUUCGCUUUUUCUACACUUCCCGAGUUUUUAUUUCAAAAUUAUUUCCAGAGGAAACCACCUCUCAGCUACCCGGUGGACUAUGAGAAGUUUAUCACGGAACGAAGUAUCCAGCUUGAGAAUGACCCGCAGCGCGAGAUCAUUCUCUUUCCUCGCGAUGACAUUGAGGUUUUCCUGGGUUCUUCCUGAUGUUUACCGUUUUUGUAGGUGACCUCGUCUUCGCAGGACCAGUCGACGGCCACUCCGAUGGUCCACGAAGCGGACAUUUCCCGCUCCAAGUGGCUUCUGACCCGAGAGGCUUUGCGAUUUUUCAUCUGCUCGCACCGGUCGAUUAUUUUCAACUACUCCAAGUUCUCUGGCGAUUAUGCGAUGGGCAACGAGUUAGCUCCGGAUUUCAGACGAAUUUCAUCAUUUCUGGGUCUACAGAUCUUCUGUGGAAAGCGAAACUCUCUCAUCGUUGGUGUUUGAGUCAGACAUGGCGCUGGAGGAAGAAAGAGCUGCUUACCAAGGAGGCUUUUUUGCUCCCGGAAGUAUCAAGGAAGGGUACCUGAUGAUUGUCAAGACGGAUUCCACCUUGUUCGAUAACCUCAAAGUGGGUCCUCGUUGAAAAUGUUUGAAUAAAACAAUUAUUUUCAGUCGGGGAAGAAGCGAUUCUGCGUCUUGAAGAAGCACGAGGGCGGCGACUUGACCUUCGAGGUUCGUUUCCGUUGAUAACUCGGAUCAUUCAGGAGCUUUUCAGGUUCGAAAAGCACCCAACGAUGUUCCAAAGCAAACUCCGAUGAAAGUCGCGGGCGCUCAAAUAAAAUCUACGAAAAAGGGCAAAACCGUUCUUGAGGUACAAUAUCGAAUAUUCACUCAUUCAAUGUACUCGGAAAAUUCAUGUUAUAUGCGAGCCGUGAAAUCUUCAAUUAGAUGUUACUUUGCUAUAUAUUGGAGCUUUUUUUUGAUUGAGAAAAAGGACAUGAAGUGUAAUCAACCUCUUUUUGGGGGAAAAAAAGGUUAGGAACUUACUCAAACACUCUCUGAAGGUCUAGAUAAAGAUCCCUCAUAGUCGAUACCUGCACUAGUUCUAUUUUUUGAGAUAGGAUUUUUCCAAGUUGCGAAAUAUAAGUUUUAGGGCUACUUUUUGAACUUCAAAAUUAAUUAUCUCAGAAACUAGAAGCUGUCGCGGAUUGAAACUUUCAUAAAGCUUCAUAUGAACCUUCAGAGUUUGUUUGAGCAAAUUUUUAGAAAAUUCCAAGCCGCAAAGUAAAAUUACCUUCUUGUGGGCCAAAUCCUGUAUUGAAUGCGAACUCUAAAAAUUAAUAUAUCUAUAACUAGAAGUUUGCGCAGGUAGCAACUAUGAAGGAUCUUUAUCUAGACCUUCAGAGAGUGUUUGAGCAUAUUGUAGGAAAAUUCAAACAGCAUAGUAGAAUGACUUCCCGUGUAAGUAAUACUUGAGGGAGGAGUGCGUCAUCAUUUGAUCAGACUUUUGUAUAUAUUUUUUUCACCCCGAAAGUGGCCGCGAAACUGAGGGAUCUACUUGUGGAAGAACGAGGCGAAGGACCGUAAGACCAUGCUUUCAAUUCAAUCGACUACACGUUUUGACUUCUUUUUCGCCAAAGGCGGUGUUAGUGCCGCUCAAAAGAGCAAUUUUUUCACCGCCUAGUCGAUUCCAUUUGACUAAAACAACCAAUAAAUAUUGAUUGAAAGUAAACCAAAAACCAAGGUUCAUUCCAAGGUAAAAUUUGGAACUUCUACAAAUUGCAAUACAUUUCUACUUUAACGUUAUCAUUCGUUAAGAAGACUUUCAGAUUGAACCGUACCGUGAAGAAAAAGAUCUCAACACUUCAAACAAUACGGCCACGUCGGCACAUGACCGAAAAGCGUUGAUGGUCGCCUGUGAGGAUCAAGAAGAACUAGAAGAUUGGCUCACGGCUCUGCAAACUGCGAUCGCCUUCUCCAACAAAGGUCUCGCGGCUUAUGUACCUGAAGAAGCAAAGACUUUGCAGAAGACACGCUCUCGACGUGUUCAGAAACGCCGGAAAAGAGUUCGAAGCAGACACUCGAUGGGAGCAACUCCUUGGGAAGAGGGUCGGCGCCGGACGCGGAAAGCAUCGGAAGUCAGGACAGCGGCUCCUUCCGCGAAGUUUCCAACUGGCGCGGCAGGAACACCGCCGCCAGGGCCCUCCAGCCUCCGAUCGUCGGAAGACGCAACAUCUUUUCUCUCUUCUAUAGACUGCAAGUUCGUUCAUAGCCCGAGAGAAAUCAGGUUGCCAACGUAUCCAAAUGUCGAAAAGUGGUUUUCCUAAUAGUUGUGAGACAUGAAAAGUCACGAGAUUCUAUCUGCGUUCUCCAAAAGAUUUACACCCUUCAAAGUUAUUCCGCGAAAUUCGAAAUAGCCCUUAGAGAAAGAAAAAGAUUAUGAAGUUUUGUAGAGUCGGAGACGAUUUUAAAUUUCGUGGAAAUCACAUUAAACACAGCGUUAGGGCUUCUAAAAAAAAUUUUUUUUUAGUUUUUCCAGUCUUGAAGUAUAAUCCAACACGCGAUAGAAGGAUCAAGUUUGUGUUCGAAACAUAUUAAACUUUUUCCAGAAGCUCAAAAAACUUCAAAUUUUCUUUUUAUGAAAUAGAUAUCCGUACAUUUCAAAGGUUAUUGUUCUCAUGAGGCUAUCAAGGUUGAUUUUCAAUCAAAAUUAUGUAACUUGAAAAGUUGAAACCAAAAAUUUUUUGUUCUCGAGGUUCUGGGAAAAAUUAUGCCGAUUCGAAUUGAAACGUUGAAAUGUAGCACCUGUUCUACGUAUGACUUCAGCCGAUCGCGGAGACAAAGUUAGACGCCAUGACGACGAUGUUGCAUUCGCGAGCUCGCAAUUCGCGCUCUUCGACGUCGCCAACACGAUCAAGACGAAACGCUUCUCCUCUACGCAGACGGACGUGAGACUCGCCAAACUCGAAUCUCUUAUAUUCUGUCUUCUCAGCUCUCUAAUCAGCGCUGUCCAGCCUUCGAAGCCUCCGACUUGUGUUUCUGUCGACUUUCGUGCCCUGAUGUUCCGUCUUCCAGUUCUCAGCGGAGUCCUCCAACAGGUCGUCCGUCCAUUUAUUUAUUUUUUCAUAAAUCUCAGUUACUCUCUAAAAACCCAUCACUAGAGGAACAAUCUCAGAAAUCCAAUACUCUUUGAAAUGCAAGAAAAUCAAGUUGAGAAAAAAUCUUCCAGCUUCUAACGACCUUUUCAGUAAUACAUUUUAAAAAGGGCUAAAAAUGUCACUUGGUUUUUUUUUUCCAGAACUCUUCUUUUGCUUUGGAUUGAUAUAUUUUUUGCUGCAGAUCGAACCAUUUUUCGUCCGGAUUUUCGUCUUCGAUACCCACGAGUGUCGACGAGUGAGCGAAGAGUUCCAGUUGCUGGUCAACGGGGAAGAUUUGCACGUCUCUGCCCCCGUUUUCGGUCGGUUCUUUGUAUUGCUUGAUGAACUUAUCUCUCAUAUAACAAAAAAUGUAGCUUGGGAUGAGGUCCUCCAUAAAGGGAUAGAUGAAGUAACACUUGUGUUUUAUUUCUGUUCGAAGCGUUUUUGUGAGAAAAUUGAGAGCAAAGUGCAAUUUACAAGUUUUUCGAGCCUCGUCACUUGAGAUACCUGAGUUUUUUCAAUUUUCCGUAAACUAUAUACCUUUUAAAUUGAUAAAACAGAAAUUUUCAAGAAGAUUAGUUUCCGAUCAAACCCCAGUGCGAAGAAAUUAGCCUCGAUCGUUUCUUUUUUUCAAUUCGGAAAAUAUAGAAUUUUUUUAUGAAAGUUGAGAAAAACUGCUAAAACUGUGGCCCCUUCUAUUUCUGCUCUGUCAAAUCUGGCUAGAUAUUGACUAUUUUCAUGCCGAAAACUGGCAGAAUGAAAAGCCCAUUCAAAAUUGAAAUAUUUUCGAUUGAGAAAAACGGUAGAUCAUCUCGAUAGUGAUAUGUUUUGGAUGAAUAUAAAGCUUUCCUACAAUUAGAACACGUACUCUUGAAGUUCAAAUAUUAGCAGGUAUUGAGAAGUCAUAAAAAUUGUUGGAAAACUACUUACAAGAAUGUUAGAAUUUUUCCGGACAGUCUUAUAGUUAAAAAAAAUAAACUUCAUAGCUUAAUAAAGUCCUCACCCUCGGGGAAGGAUAAUUUACGAACAAAAAAAACCAAAAAAAUGCGCAAUUUUAUUCACGCUUACAAAGAAAUUUCAUAUCAAGACUUGCAGACAACUCGAUGGAAGUGAAUGGCGUUAGACGGAGUUUGCUCGUGGACCGUGCCGCCUCAAAGGUAUUCCCCGUAAUACGCGAAGAGAGCCGUCAUUUUCUCCACAGGCUCUCAUGAACAUCGCCAACCCGCACAAGGACGUGUGGCUCGUUUGUCGCAUCGACCGUGUUUUGUCCGGCGACACUAGCGGAGAUUUGUAUAUGAAGUGCGCCAUUUUAUUCCCACUUACAAAUAAAUUUCAUAACAUAAAUUUCGAAUGGUUUUCCGAGUUCUUUUAGUUUUUUUUAUAAUCGGAAGCCAUUUUCUACAAAGGUGAAUCGAGAAGUCGAUACAAAUAGAUACCGGGUAGCAACUUUUGAAAAACUCAAUCAGCGUAUGGUAAUCGGUGGUCGUUUGUAUGCGGCCGGGUACCAUAGAGAUGGUACCCGGGUCGGAGGUCGAUGCAAGUAGCUACCGGGUAGCUGCCUGACAUUCGCGAUUUCUUUCGGAAAGUCUGGAAUUGCUUCCCGGGUCGUUAUUUUUUGUUUCAGCUUUAUCCAAUAGGACCCUGGAAGGCUUGGGAAGGUGUAAAAAAACACUGAUGCUAUAUAACCGAUGUGCCAGCCAGUGGCAAUCGCGAAUUUCAGGCAGCUACCCGGUAGCAUCCAGAUACCGAUCAGGUACUAUCCAUGUACCAUUGAGAUAGUACCCGGUCGCAUACAAAUGACCACCGAUUACCAUUCGCCGAUUGACUUGAGUUGCUACCCGGUACCUACUUGUAUCUACCUCUCGAUUCACCAGUGUACAUGUCCUUCUGUUGUAAGUAUGUUUGAAAAACCUUGCCGAGAAUUUUGAAGGAGAAUAGAUAAGCUUUCUGAAGAUUUCACGGCUUUGCCAGGUUAUGAGAACAUAGAUGGGCAAGUUGAGAACUCAUUCAGCCGGGGAGGAGAAAUCGGCUCACAAAAAUUUUCGAAAAUUAAGGGAUUAAAUCACGUUUGAAAUUCAGGGAGGUAGUUUAGAUCACAAUAAUGCAAGUUUCAGCCUUAGGGAGGUAGUAUUAACUUUAAUGUAGAAAAUCUUAGGAGGAGGAGUCGUUAAAAAGGGUCUCCCCGUGUAUGUAUGAGAAGUUUUUUUUGAAAGGUUUGCUGCUCAAAAAGAAUUUUCAAAUUAGAAAUCUUUAUUCGAAAGAAAGGUUGCACACAUCAAUAUAAUCGUUUUCUAAUAUGAUUUCAGAGCUACUGGUGACGGCAAAACAACUUCAAAGUUACAAAAAGUGAUAGCCGGCUCGAUAACGAGGCUUUCAGGAUAUCGUCAGAAGUUCGCUUGGGCGGCCAGGUGAGAAAAAAAAAGACUUCUUGGAUGAGAGACAAAAUUUUGCAGGCCUUUGUUCCCAGACCUGCGCCCGGAUGCCCCUUCUCCGCUGCAGCCGACCCCCGCCUGGGCCAGAGGCGGAGAGGUUCUCCAGUGCUACCGAUGCGAGGCAAACCGACUCUCCGACAGCGACCUGCAACGUUAUCUCAGCGACUUCAGCAAGUGGGAGCUUGAGCUCUUUCCAUUUCCAUUCUCGCAACGUUCAGAGUGGAGAAAGCCUACAAGUUCAUCAUUCCAAGCGGGUUGAUAAGCCUUUCCAUCGAUUUGAAGGCGAAUGUCUCCGAUUUCCCACGUUGGUUACUUUUUACUGAAAAUAUUCACGGCUGAAAAACAAAACUCGGUUGAAAAAUAAGCUGCUGAGGAAACCCAGUGCUUCCUAGAGGGGUUAGGGUGGAAAAAACACCUAUAGGGAGCGGAAAAAUGGUCCCUAUAAAGUUAGAAUCAAGGUGAUCCCUAUAGAGGUUCAGGGUCUGACCCCUUAGCCUCAAAAGCUCAAGCGGACCCUAUAUGAACCUUUGAGUUUCAUUCAAAAAACGCCUUUUAUUCAGUUUUUCUCCUAGAAAUGCUACUUCGCUGAGUUAAUAAAAAUUAUCGACCAGCGUGUCCCCUAUAGGACUCUCCAAGGGUUCCUAAGGUUGCCUCUAUAGGGGCCACUUUGAUGUUCCAAAGUGCUUCCUAGCUCGAGCGAUAAUGAAAACCUGAUUUCUCUCUAUUUAUUAUCUGAAUGUUGAGUGAACUCGAUACUAACUAGAGCACAAAAACUUAAACUCAAGAAAGAAUGGAUAGCAUGAGAAAAGUUCACUUCUACUGUGGUUUGGCCAGAAAAGACGAAACAUGUUUUUUCCGGCUCCUUAUAGCUACUGCUAGAUUAUUGGGUCUUGUCUUUUUUCCUUGGCUGAUUGGUUUACUUUUACAAUCUCCUUGAAGACCAAAGAAAAAUGUUUCAAUUUCAGAGAGAUUGAACCCUUCGUUGUAUCCCCUGAAACCAUGGAAUCGCGCUCUCGAAAGUGACGUCCCACCAGUCUUCCAAUUGCAAAUUUUCGGUGAACCUGCGAACCAGCCUCACUCCGAACUUUUUAAUUUGCUGUAUAUCUAUCCUCUGAGUCUCAAGUAGGUGUCAUCAAUAUUCCCUCUCUACCUACGCUUCUAAGAUACGACAAUCAAAAAGCCUUUUCUAAAGCGCGCAACAUCGCCUGCUCCGUACGUUUUGUGAAAGGAGACGAAACGAUUCCAGAAAAAGUUUGGCCCAAUUUUUGGCUCUCUUCCAACGGAUUUUUCCAGGCGAUAGUGGAUCGACUUUCUGCCAGCGGCCCUCACACAAUACACACAACUUGCGCCGUUCAGCACCAUCAGCAGUGCCCGAUUUUCGGUUCUCUCUACUUUUUUUCUCCUUCCAACCAAAAUGUUAUAGGUGACGAGAUCAAAGUUCAACUUCCUCUGAAUUUGUCAACGUCUGACCAUUUACUCUUCUCAUUCUCUCACAUAUCGGUCGCUGGCAACACUAGUGUGAAGACCCCUGAAGUGAGCUUUGUACAUUAUUUCAAUUCUAAAAGUUUGGAGACAGAGAAGUUGUUUUGUUUAAGUGGAAAUUAGGACUCUUUUUUUCAAAAAUGUUGAUUUUUGUUGUCGUGGAACUUUUCAAUUGAAGACGAUGGGGAAGAUCAGCCAAUUUCAGGAAAAAUUUAGCUGGAGACUUUAUGAUUUUUCCGUACAGGGGAUCUUUGUAGGCAACGGAGACCCCCGUAGGCUACGCAUGGCUGCCGCUCGUCUGGAAGAAGGACCGGCUUGUCCUGGAAAGCGAUGAACAAGAGUUCGCUCUUCCCGUGGCCGUCGACUUGCCGGCUCACUACUACAAAAGCAAGCCGAACCCUCUCGGCAAAGGGGUUUCGCUGCUCGAAUCGACACGUUUUCAGUUGCUUUCUUAGGACGACAACGAGAUCCGAUGGGUAGACCAGAAGCCGCUUUUUCGUGUCCGCCUACGACUUGUGUCUUCUGUUUUCACGACGGAUGGCAAGUUGCAGUCGUUUUUUCAGGUUUUUGCCCUUUUCUUUCUCGAAAUCAAAUUAUUCUUAAGGCUUGCGAUCGCUUAUCUUCUAGAGGUUUCGUUGGCGACGCACUUGGUAGUUUAAAGGUGAAAUGUUUUUCAAGGAAUUAGUUGAUUUUCAAUGCUGAGAUCCUCACAAAUACGGUGAUAGACACGUAGUUUUCCUAGGAACAAUGUAAUUUCUAAAAAAAAAUACAUCAGACUCUUUAUGUUUUUUUUUUAUUAGAAAGGUUCUCGAAAAAAAAAGGAAACUUAUCGGUUUUGCACUCCUCGGAUGAGAUGAAAAGUCGCUGGUACACUUCGGAAGAUGUUAGAAUCCGAAAGAACGUCACCAAUGAUUCUUUUCUAGAGGAGAGAGCGCGAUAGCAAGUCAAAGUCGAGCACGCCGUCUUCGAUCGCCAUCGCAGCUGCCUCGGCCAUCGCCGACGGUCCUUCCACAGACGCGCGUUCCUGUUCUCCGAUCGCCGAAGCGAAUAUGUCGCGCUCGCCGUCGCACGAGUCCGACUACGUCAUCAAACAUUUAGUCGAAAAAAUCCAGGUCUUUAUGUGUUUUUUGAGAAUUAUUUUGUGCUUCCCGAGGUCCCAUUCAUGUGUUUCAGUCUCUUUGCGACGUUUCUUUUGAAAGACUCAUUGUAUUUCUUCCCAUUGUGCUUGGACGUCUUUUUGCGAUACUUCCCCGUGCUCCUGCCGACCUAGCCAUUGCCACCCUGAAGUUGACACCUCACAAGUACAGAAUAUCCAUUUCAUUCUAGUUCCAUCGUCUCGAUAUCCGACAAAUGCACGGAGAAGAGGAUGAGCCACGUCGUGAGAAAGUUUGUUCGUUACUAUUUCGUAGCGAUUGCGGAAGACGGACGUUGUGUCGGCGACUCGAUCCACGCCGCCAUAUGCCGAACCUUGCCUACUUUGGUACUUUUUUCUUUCGGCUUUGUUCGCGUAACGGGGAAUUUCAGCUCCGUGAAUCGCAAAGCAACAUCGAGGUGCUGACGGUUCUCUAUCGGCAGCUGUGGCUUCUCACUGACGCCAUCAUCAAAAGUAUGGCGCAGACGAUCUGCAGCGGACAGCUCAAUAAGGUUCGAUCUGCAAACGUCUAGAUUCACAAGAUGAGCUUGAACGAGGAGGACAAACGUUUAUUGGGCUCACAAAUUCAUUACAUACUUUUAUUCAGUCUUCAGAGAAGAUUCUCUGCUAAAUCAUGGAACAAUUGAAGAAUUGUUUUCUGUUCGCAAAACUGUCCUUGAUCAAGAACGGCGCGUAGAGCGUCACGUCUUUUUUGGGGAAGAGUAGACGAGUUUUUAGCAUUAAAUAGCACUCAUAUAAUUGGAAUUAUGUAGCAGUUAUCUGAAUUGCGCAUUUCUUACCCGAAUUUGUGAGAAUUUUCCGUAUCUUUAUGUUCAUCACCAUCUAGAGAACUAGAGAACUACAUUUAAUAUAAACUUGUAUGGAGGCUCUGUAUUCAGGUGGCACAGCGUGACCGGUUUCCGGCCGAGUUGCUGGAACAGAUGGGCCAAGUCCUGGAGGUCGGAGUUCCGCAGAUGCUCGCCAAACACCGCGAGAUCCCCGAAGAGUGUCGAUGUGCUAACUUAGCUUUUUCUUAUUUCGUUCGGGUUUUCUCUCCCCUCUCUCUUUCUCUUCCAUCUCGGUUUCUAGUUCUCGCUGAGCUUUGUGGACCGCGGUACUGUCUUCAAAUGGAUCCAUUUCUACAUUUCGCGGCUCGAUGACAGCGACUUCAAGGUAUAUUCAAAACGGAGAAGCUGAUGAUGGCCCAGCGUUUGCCACCAGGUGCUACGGGAGUACAAGGCGGACUUUUUGACCAUCUUGUGUAUGCAUGAACAUUUUCUCCCGCUGAACUUACCGGUUCUCAUCAACUCUCAAAAUCACAUCCAACGAGUCACUUAUCUGACGGGUAUCAUUGAGCAACAGCAAACCACGAAUCGUAAGUUUUUCUUCUUUCUUUCUUCUAAAAACUUUUUACAGCCAGUGGUGCUGGAUUUCUGUCUCGAUUUUUCAAUCAAAUUUUCAACACCCCAUCUUUGGAAACAACAGAAACCGACCGUUGUGAGUAUUUUUGUUAUUUUUACUAACUAAUUUUUCCUUGGGUUCUAUCUCGACUCAUAAAAAACGAGUUUGUCAUUAUCACGUAAAACAAACCAAAAAAAAAAACUAUGCUUAGAAUCUCGAAAAAUGUAAGAAAGCAGUCUAUUUUCGAGCGCUCAAAGAGCCAAGAAGACCAUCAAAUGCUCCGAUUUUGUAUUAUAUUUUUCCCAAAGACGUUUUCUAAAGCUUUUUCUCGAAAACAUUCCUGUCGUGGUAAUAUAAAAACAGUCUCUCAGAUUUGAGGAUGACCUACCCAACUAAGAGUUUUUUUUCCAGAUUCUUCGUGUGCGGGUGAGUGGCACCUGACGUCAUCAUAUUCUUCUUAUCACUUCAUCGUCGGUCUCGUUUUCCAGGUCUCUUCCUUCUUCAAACUUGUCCCACCCCCGUCAAUAAUUUAGGAGUUGGUCGCUUGUUUGAGAGAGCCCAAAGACUAUCGAAAACGGCCCAUAACUCUUCUGAGGAACUUGCUCGCCAAACAUUCUUUUGAUCGGAGAUAUAGCGAUAUGGUGAAUAAAGCAUAGUUCGAAUGAAAUCAUAAGGAGAAAAACUCAGAACAUCCAACGGAGAAUCGCCUUGAUCUACGCGCCACUCUUGGACUUUGCCUUGGAUCACCUGCCCGAUAUGGAGGGCAAUCAGUACGACGAAACCGAUGCGGUUCCGAUCGGUUAGUUUUCUUUUUUUUAAAAUUAUUUCUAGAGUUCGUACUCAAUAUUCAGUUCGUGAAUAUCAAUUGGCGGUCAUAGGGCUUAUAAAACAAUAUAAUUCAUUCGAAAAAUGCUCAUAAUGAACGUCCGUUAAAUAAAAUCAGAAAUUCGAAUAUUUUAGGGUUUUCAAAACUUUCUAUCUGUACAUCACAAAUUUCCCGGCUGGUUUUCAGACUUUUCUGAAGUAAUUUUUAUCGUAAAUGAUCAUAUAAAAAAUGAUGACUAAAAUCUAGAAUUGAACAUGGAAUACACGUUCGAAACCAUGAUUUUGAGGCAUGCGAAGCCAGUACAAAUGGCGGUCGCUCGACCGGCCUUUGCUGCCGCCGAACUCGGCGAACGGCGCUCUGAUGCGAGCGUCGCCGGCCAGACAGACCAACUCUUCGGUGACGACGUCGCGGCAUCCUCCAGUCCCGCCGCCGCUGCCUCCAUCGACGACUCCUUCCAAACAGACGGCGCCACAGCAGCACACGCCCCUUGCUGAGAAGCUUGAUGACGUGAGAGAGGAACCUCUUGAAAGACGGCAAAAAAAUCAGAAGCAUGGAAAGAAGAAAUAUCGACUUUGCUUCUAUGAUUUCAGUUUCACUCCUGAUAACUAUUUCAAAAAGGGUUCUCAAGAAAACAAUAGAGUGUUAAAAACUUCGAAAAACCGGCGCUCGCACUGCAUAUAUUUCAUAAUCAAAUGAAUCGUGAAAGAGUCAAAAUAUUUUUUAAACAAACCGAAUCGGGAUAAAUUCAGGAAGAGCUUCAAGACCUCCUCAUUUGUACUUUGUACGUCAUACAAAGGAUUCCUAAGCGAAUUUUUGCUGCGAUUUGGUCUGAAAAUGAAGGUGGAAACUCGGAACGGCUUAUUCGUCUUCUGGACGUUGUUCUCGAAAUUUUCCGAUAUCGGGUAAGUGGACUUUCAAGAACAAAAAAAAUACGCAAUAAAUUAUUUGAGGGGAAAGAGCAGGCUCUGCGACGGACAGCUGCAAGCUCGAAGACGCGCAAUUUGACUGUCGAGCCGCCCUCCCGGAAUGCCAGCUCCUUCAUUUCUGCGACUCGCGCUUCGGUGGAUCGCUCCGGUAAUCGACGCUGCGUCUGCGACUAACCAAGUUCCAGGCGGAGAGAACGGGCCGGUCUCGGCGAUUGGCGAUGACGACGCGGCGAUUCCUUUCCGAGUCCUGCAGCUCGUCAAUCUGAGUCAAGAAGCGGCGCUGAUCAUUCUUGACGCAGCGCAGACCUUCGCUCAUCAGCUAGCGGUAGGAGGUCUCCGCAAGCAACGGGCCGUGGACCGUCGUUCCAGAUUCAAUACAGCCGUUGGCAACAUGCAGAGACUCUUUUCGUGCAGCUUCUGUUCAUACACCUCAAGUUAUUGGACGAAAACUGGUCAGAAGCCGUCCGUCUUCAUGCGAUCGCUGCAUUGGCUCUCUUCGUGAACCUGGUACUCGAAGACGCUGGACAACGCAUUUUUGGGUUUUUUCCAGUUUCGCUCGAGGCUUUUCGAAGGCGGCCCUCUGGAAGCGCUGUACAUCCUCAUCGAAAAGGUCCUGCUCCAGAUGGCCAGUCGUCUUCCAUCCGUUCAAACUGCCGCUGCCGCCCUCCUGCAGCUCAUUCUUCGCAAUGGAUAUGAAGUUGCCGAGGGUUAUUUUGGUAAUUUUUUCUUUUAAAUAAUUCCCAAUCACUAAACCUUACUGUUUCCUUUCACAGCGACUCAAGCCUUAGCGCAAAGUGUCUCCCCAAAUGUGAGGAAAGUCUCUCGAAAAGUGGUGACCAGCGAGAGACUUGGUCGUCCCGGCGCUCAAACUGGCGUCGCCCUUGCACGUCUCCUGGGCUUCCAGGUACUUCUGGAGGCCUCAGCACAUCAAACUGCAACUUUUUCCAGUCGGUGCUCUCCAACAGCGUUCAGUUUGAGCGUGGCCUAGCUGCCGUUGAAGCCCUAGUUGACUCCAGAAAAGCCACCUCCUUUGAUCUUGCCGUUCUGGUUUGCCCCUAAUCCGAGCACUUUUCGUUCAUUCAAGCCUUCAGGAUCUCUUACGACAACUGCGCGGUGUGAUGAGCGCUACAGUGGCUUUGAAGGAUGCUGCCAGAGAUGCAGUUCGUUCCUUCGAAAAAUAUGCGUCCGAAGUGCUGAUUUUCAGAUCAGACUCGCCGACUUGCACCUGCAGUUGGCUGACAGUUACAGAGGGUCCGCGGCUCUUCGCAGCGCUUGGUUCGACACUUUGGCUGAGAUUUACGAGCGUGGUGAGAAAAAAAAAAAUAGAAGAAAUCCGGCCUUUUCUUAACCAAAUCUUUUAAAAUUUUUUUCAUUCCGAAGUCGAAAAUAAGAACCGACUUUCUUUUUUUUUUUACUCAGAAGUUAAAAUUUCCACUUUCUGAUAGUCAAUCAGAGCCCUUAAGAACUAGAUAGGAUCGAUUACUUGAUGUAGUUAAAAUGUAAACUAGAAUAAGGUCCUAAUUUGUUUGAAGCUCAGAGCAGCGAGAUACUUGCAAAUCACAGGUAUUUUAUUUGGUCCACAAGAGUUCGAGUACCGAGAAGAACAUUCAAAAUUAAGAAGAUAAAAAAAAUGCAACGGGAAAUAAAACAGAAAUACUCAUUUUGAUACUCCAACUGAACAGUUUUCUAUUGCAAAAAGUCUCGAAAGAUGAAUUUUGAGAUCGUUGGUUUGCUGAGGCUGCGGUCUGUUACACUCACUCGGUGGCUAUCAUUGCUAAGGAACUCGAGGAAAAAGGUUUUUUUUAUUUUUUAUUUCAUCAAAUCCCUUCGAAUCGUAUUUCAAGAAUAAUUUUUCAAAAUUAGGCGACCUAGAAGUGGAUUGGCGGAUAUUUGACUGGAUCAACGCGGAAGUUUCAAUGGCCGAAAACUGUCGUCACGAUGGCAGUGUCCAGCCCGGAGGUUUCACGCCUGUAAGAUUGAUUCUUUUUCGUGAAAUCCUAGAGAGAGUUUUAGGAGAACCUUGCGUCGAAAAUCGAUAAAACAUCGGCAAUGCUGACAUUGGCGGAGAGGUUCGAGGCGGUUGGGCCACUUUAUAGGUUGCUCAUACCUUUAUUGGAGAAGAACAUGAACUUCACGGUACGCGACCGUUCCGGAGUCGAAUUCUCAUUUAUCUUCUUAAGAGUCUCGUGAGCGUUUACGCUGAGCUUCAGCAGACGUACAGCCGCGCGGCGGAAGUCCGUACCAGCGGCAAACGUCAUCUCGGGACUUACUUCCGUGUCCGCUUCUACGGCGAAACCCAUUUCGGGUAGGCGGUCCAUUUUUUGAAGAGCUUCAAAAGCUUACACUUUAUUGAAGUUUCUUCGACGUUUGGUAACUAGGAUUGUGAUUCUAAGAGUGCUGACGGUACUGAAGUGGUCACUAGAAGUGCCCAGAAACCUCCGGAGCACGUCCGUUUUACACUACCAAUGUCCGAUUAAUAAGAGAGCUAGAGAGCUACGGUAAACUAGAGAGCGCUCAGAGAAAAAGAGAACACUUGUCCUCCUAUUUUGGAAUGCAGUAUAACUUUUGAAGAUUCAAAAGAAUGUUUAAAAAAAACUGGAAACAAAUUCAUCUCGAAACUUUUUCGUGGUUAUUCUGUCUACUCCCCAGAAGAAAAAAAUUUCAAAAUACUGAAUUUUUUUGAUAUUUCCGAAAAAAAGGUUCAAAGUUGGGAUCUCUCAGAAACGAGCACGGGACAGACUGGGUGUACCGCGAGAUAGGCCUGACGUCUCUGGCGACCUUUGUCCUGAAGAUGAAGGAACAAUGUCAGCGCGCUCUCGGCCACGACAGAGUCCAGAUCGAAGCCAACCGUGUUCGUAAUCUCGACCAUCUACUUCGAUAUUUCGCACUCUCAUGGGAAACUUCUAUGAUUUUCAGCUUGACUUAACGAAAUUAGACCCGUCUUACGCCUAUGUUCAAGUGAUUCACGUGGACCCCGUCGCCGUAAUCGAACAAAAAGAAAAAACUGAUUUUUGGCGUCAUACCAAUAUUAGGUACUAUUUCCUUUCCUCUUCUCGGCUUCGAAAAACGCACUUUCAGCGAAUUUUCUUUCGAAUUCGCCAUGUUGGAAGAUAACGCGAAGAAGAUUUCUGGCGAACCCAGUAUAAGUGAACAGGUUCUCAACAAGACCAUCAUCAAAGGUUUCCAGACAGCUUCUUCAUUAUUUUUCGUCUUUUUCAUUCCAAUCUUUCGAAGAAAAAAAUGGAAAACAAAUUUCAGUAUAAAAUAUUAAAAAUCAUUGCUAAAACCCUCUGAAUUGAAAGAAAGCACGAAUAAAUCUGAACGAUGUCCCUUUCCAGUUUCGGGCGUGUUCCCAGCAACACGGAGGCGUCUUCCAGUCGUCAGUGAGAGCAACCAAAUAUUCUCUCCAUUAGAGUUCGCUUGCCAGAAGUUGCUGGUGAAAUCAAACCAGGUUACGAAUGGAGAACAGGAAAAUCGAACUGAAUUGUCUCAUUCAGAUUCUCAAGACCCUGUCGGCUGCCGAAAAUGGCCGAAAUCUGGACAUUAAGGGCCUGCAGCUUCUGCUCCAAGGCGCCGUCAUGCCCACCGUAAGUGAAGCGAUAAUCUGUCACGCUAUCGAGUCUGGUUUUAAAGAAGCUUGCGUUGCAGGUGAAUGCAGGGCCUUUGGUUUACGCCGAAGCGUUUACAAAGGAAGAUCAGAUCGAACGCUAUGGACAGAAGGGCAUCGAAGAACUCAAAAACGCUUUCAGGUGACUACUUUUUUUUUGAAGGAAGAAAAUUGAAGGAGUUCUUAGAAAUUUUUCGUCAUUUUCAAAUCGAAGCAAAUCAUUUUAUUUUGUUGUUUUAGUCAUAGAUGUAAUCGACUAGGCGGUGAACAAGAACUUUAAAAGCUAUAACGAACAACCGCCUUUGGCGAACUAGAAAGUACAAAGAGUUGAAAGCACGGUCCUUCGCCUCGUUCUUCUUUACGUUCCGUGUAAAAUUUUUACUCGAAGUGGUCGCUCUCAUUGUGAGAUUUCCACCUAGAGCACGGUCUCCAUGCACAACAUCCGCUACAUUUUAAUGGAACUUUCUCAGAAGUUUGAUGGCGGCCUGUCAAGCGGCGAUCCUGGCGAACGAGUCGGCGAUCGGGGCCGACCAACAGACUUACCACGAGGUCCUCGUCGCCUCCUUCGACGCCAUGCACGAACGUCUUCAGUCUUUCUUCGGAGUUUCGGUACAACUUUUUCCCAUUGAAGUUCUCGAAAUGAUUCUGCGUUGUGGAAUCUCCUCGACCACUUUUACUCGUUCUAUCGAGCAAUAGUAAGGGACGGAGAGCCUCUUAGAGAGCUUUCUUUGGUAAUGAGUUCAAGGUUUAGUGUACUAAACGAGCCUAAAACACUACAAGCAGUGAAAAAAAAAGUUUUUAAUGUUUUUAAUUUUUUUUUUAAUUGCUUGAAAAAUUUUCUACGCUUUUUUUUCAAAUUGAAUCAAUUUUAAAGCUCGACUUUAUGUAAUAAAAAAAAACUUUUUGACAACGAUCGUUACAGUUUCAUUGGAUUCAGUAGGGCAUUGUUUAUUCUCGGGCAAAGUCGGAAUGGUGGAUAAUGGCCGCUGAAAGGGAGAGGCUCAAAAAAGGCCGCAGAAAGGAAGCAAAAAGAGUCCCUUUAUCGAGCCUUCCAUUUUUCUGAGACCUUUCGUCACUAUAAAAGGAAAAUUUCUAUGGAGCCUUUUUCCACCCUUUUCUAUUUUGCCUAUGUUCGAGUGCUAGUGAGAAGUAUCUUUCGAAAUCUGAAAAGGCAUUGCCUUUUUUGCUGAAAAUCAUCAAAUAGUUUCUGCGAUCAAGUUAAAGAGUUCAGCUCCGGGCUGUUGUGGAGACGGAACGGACGGCGAUUCCGCCUUCUGCCAUGCACAUUCUCGAUUCCAUCGGAGGAGUUGGCCGAAGCUGAUCGUUGCCUACAUUUCCAAUAGAUUGUUUUAUCAUUAUGUUCCUUUCCUUAUUUAUUCUUGUUAAUUUUCGAUUCUUUUCACUUGACCUUGAGUUAACUAAGAAGAGGAAGAAAUAUUAUUUGAGGCUCUAUCGUUAAAACUCAAUUCUUUUUUGCUUAAUAGAUUUUUAACAAUCGAAGUUUUUUUUAAAGUUUUGGUAACGGGUAUGCACAUCAAAAGAAAAUCCAAUUAAUAGGUUAAACGGCAGAUUUGAAGAACUUACCAUUUGUCAAGGCCGCAAAGAAAAAAUUUACCGGAAUUCAGUAAAUAAGGUCGUGAAAAGUUUCCGAAUGCCUUUUUGUCAUUGCAGCUCUUUUUUUUUAUCAAAAAGUCGAUUUAUGUGCAUUUCAAUCAAAUAUUCCGUUUUUGAGCUUUUUUUUUCAAACUCUCGCUGGUGCUUUUUACUGUCAUGCUUCAGGGUAGUAUUAUGUGUACUUCUUUUUUUUUCCUUUUCCAACAAACGAAGGUUUGAAAACAUUCCGACAAUGUGGUGUUUUUUUUUUUCUGUUAUCCUAUCUCAUUAUAGUACUCGAUUUUUUUUUAUCUCGCUAUACCGUUCUUAGGCUUGAAGUGCUUUCAAUUUUAGGUAAUUGACUAACAGCUUGUCUGAAUUUUCUGUGAGAUCAACCCAAAAUUCUUUGAGCACAGAAAGCAGCUGUUUAUGAAUUUCUAUAUUUUGUUUUUCUUCUACAGGAUGUGGAAUUAUUGUGCGCAUUAGUGAACUCUAAUUGCUGGCCCCGCCUUUUACUGACUUUUUAAUGAGAAACGAACCAAUCAUCGACAUGAUUCCCUCGUAUGUUACAAAAAAUGAAGGUAGAAAAAGCCGCAAUUUGAGAAAACAUUUUUUUUUGUGCAUAUUUUUCUAGUCAAAAAGCUUAGCUCUUUGGUAACAUUGUUUUUUCUAUUCAUCUCUCAGCAUUCUUCUUAUUUUCAUGUGACUUAUUUUCUUGUUUGUUUUUUGGAAAGGGCGAAAUCUCCUUACACCCAUCUUAGUACUAACCAAUUUUCGAAUUUAUCUUUGAAGUGAACUUUUUUCUUUCUUUUUUUUUGUUGUUCAGACGAGAGAUGUGUACUAGCACGCUAUCGCACAUAUCGUUAUUCAUAUUAACUAUAUGAAUCUUUUUUUAAUCUUCUGAGCCCCAAGGCUUUGGGGAAUGUGUUCAUGAACAAGACUACUAUCGGCCAAUUUAAUGAUAGUAAUUAAGGUCAUAAAGUCUGUUCAGAAGGUCAAGUCAUCGCUCAAACUCCGCCCCUUAUGCCUAGAUCGAAUCAAUCAGAAAGCGAGCCAUCCACAGAGCCUUGUUGGGGGCGGAGCCAAAAUCUCAGAUUUGAACAGACAGAUUUGAGAUUUUGGCUCCGCCCCCAACAACGCUGAACAGACUAUAGAUCAAAAUUUUGAAGUCCUGUGUUCAUUUUUUUUUUGUUUCUCGAAUUGGUUUACGAAUCAGCAAUAUUUAAAUCAUUUUUUCGAAACUUUUCUGUCUUAGAACUUGAUGAAGACGAACAGCGAAACGAUAAACGCACACUCGGGUAUUUAUCUGCAGUUGCUCCGCGAGCAAUACCUCGCCCUCCAAGUGCCUCUUUCCGUGGUGAUUUUCAUUACAAGGAGGAUUUUUAGAGCAAGUAUGCGUUCAUGAAGAAAAAUUAUGACCUCAUAACUGCCGGAUCUUCCAACGAAUCUCACACGGAUGGCCUUGCCUCUAGACUAGUCUCUACAGUGGCUUCGCUCUGCGAUAGUGAAGACUUUAGGUUCGGAUUUUUUGGGUUUAGACCUCAAAUUCAGUUAAAAGAAGAAAGAAUUCGUUUUUUUUGUUCGAACGAAGAAACGUUUCUUUAGUGAUCUCCAAUUUCACGUUGGGAACCGAAGUAUCCCCGCCCACCGGAUCGUGGUCGCUGCUCGUACUUCCUUCUGGAGCGACCUCACAUCGAUAGAAAAAAUCGUGAUUAAUGGUAAAGCAUCUCUCUCAAUUGAGGCUCAAAAAGUUACAGAAACCGAUUUUGAAACUUUUCACAUAAUAUACCGUUGGAUGUACACCGAUGAAGUGAACGUUAAAAUAAACGACGAUCAUCUUCUGAAAGUCUGCGAAGCUUCCAUCCGUUUCCAUCUUAUGGCCCUCCAGGAAAGGUGAGCAAGAAGUAUAUUAUCGGCUUGUGAAUACUUUGGAUCCGCAGAGUUUUUUGUAGAAAAAUUUCGUUUCAUGGGAGAUUUUCAAAACAAGUUCAUCCUAGUUGCUUUGUCAAGUCCAAAAACAAGUCCAAGUCCAUCCUAGUUGCGAAACCUGCUUUAAUCAAAAAUUGAUUGGAACUGUCAGUUUUCAGUUGUGUUGAAGAGCUAUCAGCACGGCUCGAUAUCCACAAUUGCGUGCCGAUUUACGAGUUUGCGGAAAAAAAAGCCCUCACGGUCUUGCGAGACACUUGCGCCGCGAUGGUGGCGGCGCGAUGGAAAGAAUUCACACCAGACUCUUUUCGAUCCAUGGCAGCACCCAUUUUAUUUCGUCUUUUGGCCAGGUUUUUUUUCAUCUGGUCAGAUAUCAUCAAGUUGCCACUCGCGAGUUUGAAGAGUUUGAUUACUUAUUUUUUGAAUUAAUUCUCGAAAUAGUUGUUGUUCCUUAAGAAACAGGGAAGAGUUUUGUUUUAGAAGUUUCACUUAUGUUAGAAAAAGAAAAGUUAUCUAAUAAGUAGGGUCCGCAAGCCAUUUCUUCAAAACGAUCCAAAAAAUAUGUUUUUCACACUGUUCGAUAGAGGAGACUGUCCAUUUUCAUAAUCCGUUUAGUUUUAGAAAAAAGGUCCACUAAGAAAAAAGUUAUGGCCAAAAAACUAGCGCGCGCGGCGUUCAACUGGAGGCGAAAUCUCACGGUUUACCCGCUGCCGCACGCUUUCUUUUUAAAUGUUUUUGCGGAUUUCUGAACCGUUUUCAAAUCGGUUUUCUGUUCUGAAAGGUUGUCCGAACUGAGCUUCAUGUUUUGGUAUGAAUCUUUUGUACAAUCCUCAUAAGAAUUUUUUUGAUAAAAUAUCAAAAAAACUACUUAGAAAAAAAGGUCAGAAGGAAUUUUUCAGCUUAUUUUUUUCUUUUUUCUAAUCAGAAAAACAUAUUAUCAUUUGGUUUGGAAAAAAGAAAAAAUGAAAAAUAAUGUUAUUUCGAAAUAAAACAGGAAAAUGUGCAAUUUGACUCCGAAAAACGGCUCCUGCGACAUUUAAAAGGGCGCAUCGGUGUGUUUGACGCAAACACAGCUACAGACACUUGCACGAAUUCUUCCAAAAUUUCAAAAAAAAUUGCCAUUUUUCGAGGUUUUCAAAGCCGUUAUUUUUUUUCGCGUCGUUUGAUUUUUUUCAUAAUUUUUCCAUUGAUAGAGUUUUGAACGCUUAAUAACCUGAUCAAAAGUAUAGACGCGAUCCUAUUCUCUCAUGCGUCAACGAGGCAGGCGAAAAAAGGAGGUUUUGGUAAAAUUCAAAUAUAAUUUGAUUCGCUGUCCCAAUAAUUAUUUUUAUUCUGAAUUUUUAUUUUUGAACACAUUGUGAGUUUUAAAUCAAAUAAAAAGUAUACCAUGUCGCUGAAAUUUUUUCGAAUUUCAGCUUCAAAGUUUGGUGUCCCUUUACAAGCUUCGAUUUUUUUUUCGCGUCGUUAGAUUUUUUUAAAUUUUUUUAUUCAAAAAAAUAAAGAAAGUGUUAAUGUAUAACAUACUCAAAAUUUAGAAGCGUUCCUCACUUGGUUUUCUGAAACGCGAUGAUUUUGUGAAACUUGUCAGUUUUUUUCGUGUUAAAUCUUACUUUUUCGCUUAUUUUUGAAAAAUACAUAGUUUAAAAAGUUUUACAGUCUUGUAGAGCGUUGUCGAUUACAUAGAUUAACUGAAACAGUUUAUUUUUAAAGUGGGACUUUAGCUAGUAUAAAAGCCUCAAAACCGUUUUUGCAACAAAAAAAUCGUCAUUUUGGUGGCAUGAAGAGGCGGGGCUUUGCGCCCCCUACUAAUAAGUAACAAAAAUUAGUUUGAAAAUAACUCUGAAAGUGGCGUCGAAUUAAUAUUUUCUCUCGUUGUUUUGAAUAUAUCCGAUCUGACACUAAGAAUAACUGACGAGAUAAACGCGAGGUCGGUGGCGGUACAUUGACGAACUCGCAAACAUCUCGCUUUUUUCUAGGCGCGCUCUCGCAUUUCUCUCGGCGCGACCUCGCAUUUUUCUUGGCGCAUUUAUCUCGCAUUUCGGAAAUUUUUAAAUUGCGAGAGAAAUGCGAGACCGGCGCGAGAAAAAAAGCGAGAUGUUUGCGAGCUCGUCAAUGUACCGCCAGUGUCUAGCGUUUAUCUCGGCAGUUAUUCUUAGUGGAUUCCAGCAAUUCCAAACACAUGUUGCACACGAUCGUGGAAAUCGGCCGAGAAGACGUUUUGUUCCUAUACUUCAUGGAGAACAUGGCCAAUGUUCGUUCACAUGGUUUUAGAGCACUCUGAACUCUUUACAGAUCAACUACUUGGUCGAUCAAACCGAUGACAACGGCACAAGCCCUUUGGAGCUCGCGAUUUUAUGUCGCCGAUUCUCGACCGGUUUGUUUCGUCGCUACUUCUCCGAAGACUUCGAUAUGCAGACGAGGAACAUUCUCGAGAAGGGGGCUCAGGUAUAGCAUCACAACUCGUCGAGAAAGGCGCCAACCCAAACGCCGAAGAUUCCGAUGGGAACUCUUUGUUGGACAGAAUGGUCAAACAAGGUGGGCUUCACAUUAUUGUUGCAAGUCGAAUGGGGGUUGCAGGAGACUCGGAGGCGUGCGAGUUUCUGAAAAAUCACGGCGCCGACGUCGGAUGGCGUCAUUCUUCCGAUGGCCACGGUCUACUCCAUACAGCCGCCCGUCGUUCAAAUGAAGCGACUCCAAGUUUCGUGGAGUGGAUAGCCGCAAACUCUUCUGCGAUGGGCGUCAAUCUCCAAGACUCCCUACAACGGUUUCGGUUCUCGAUAGCCUUUCAUUGGAUGGUUCUUCAGAACUCCCCUCUCGAUUGCUGCGGCGCAGGGAAACGGAGAUAUCGUCGACGUAUUGUUGGCUGCCGAGGUGAAUCUUAUUAUAUAAUCCUUCACAGAGUGUUUCAUAGGUCGAUGUGAACAUUGCGACGUCGUCGGGAGAGACUGCCUUGUCUUUGGCUCUAUUCGGGCGAGAGGCAGAGAAAGCGGGAAGACAGGACCUCCAGAUCGCAGAAAGGCUUUGUGCAGCUGGAGCUGAUGUGAAUGCCCGCGUGAACGACGGUUCAUUCAUUUUGAAGUUCACUAUGGGAAACGUCAAGUUUAGUGCCCUUACUCCACUUGGCGGUCAAGCUUUCGGACGGAGAAGCGGUGCGAUUUUUGCUUUCUCAUGGGUGUGACGUCAACUCGACAACUUUCGGAAACAGUACUGUUCUGCACGAAGUCGCGCGGAACGGAGAAGAAGAAAUUCUCCAAACUAUUGUUCGCUCUUCAAAAAGUCGGUUUAUAUGCUUUUGGAACUCGAGAAAACCACGAUUUCUCAGAUAUAGAAUGGACUCGUGAUAAUGAAAACAACACUGCACUUCAUAUUGCUCUGAGCAAAGGAAACUUGACCUGUGCGAGGUUUUUAAUACAAGGUUCCUUCUUGUUUUGCAUCAACAAGUGAGCCGUUUUUCUCAGCCGGGGCUCCCAUCGACCAACCAGACUCAACUGGUGAGAUGCCUUUGGUUCGUGCCAUCAGAAGUGCUCGAGAAGACGUCGCCAUGUUUCUGCUCGGCCUUGGAGCCGAGCACGAUACUCGGUUUGGGGCUUAUCGGCUGAAACUCCUUAAAUGAUCGCUUAUUCCAGGAACCAAGAAUACUCCUUAAUAGAGCUUAAUAUUAAAUAGUUAAUAAAAAAUAAAUGAGAAAAAAUUCAUUCCAUUUUCUAAAGUUUCAAGUGAUAUACAUACAUGGGAUAGUCUCGGUGGGACCUGAAAAAAAGGGGGAGAACGAGAAAAUGGGGGAAGGGGUUGGCAAAAAAAUUGUUAAAAAAAUUUCAGGGUGUGUGCUGGACUUCGUCCUAUAGAAAAAAAUCAUAAAAAAAUCAUACGUUCAUUUAUAAAAAAAAUCAAAAAAAUGGUGAUAUAUCUUCAACUCUUCAUAAAAAAAAUAACAAAAAUAAAAAAGACGCGUAUGACGAUCCAAUAGAAACAAUUUUGCUUCCAUGUGUUCAUUUUUCUGUACCUUAUGGGUCACCAAAUAUUAUAAUUUGUUGCGGAAUCAUUUUUCAUAAGCUGCUAGACACAUUUUAUCGGAAAAACUAUGUGGCAGUGAAGGCGCAGAAAUAUGCAAAACUUUUGGUUAAAGAGGCGUUGACGGAAAGACCUGUCUCGAGUCGGCUGCAGAGUUAGGUCUGAGCGAGACGCUGAAGAAGAUGCUCUCGUCCGGAGCCCCGGUCAACCAAAGAUCCAGCUCAGGCUUCACAGUUCUGGAACGCGCUCUUCGCAACGGUCUAUUUUCUCCCUCCUCUCUCCUUUUUGUAAAGAUACGAUCCUCUAGGGCACAUUGCUUGCGCGGCUGUACUCACUUCCUACGGCUGCGACGUCGAAUCUCGCGUCCGUCUCCUCGUCGAUGGUAAGAUGGUCCCAGUCAGAGACCCUAGCCGAGACGAGCCUCCAUUCAAAUGCGAACUGACGCUUCUGCACUCGUUGCUCGACGACGGUCUGCAGGAACCUGCCAUCUUCCUUAUUCAAGAGCAAGUUUCAAUGAACACAUUACACAACAGAUUACACGACAAUCCAUGUUUAAAAAGGCUUCUCCGUUUUUCAGAAAAAAUCAUUUUUUACCGGCCUUCUGUGUUUUUUUUUUAAUGACAAGGCAAUGAACAGAUUCCACACCACUAUUCCGCUUCGAUUUUGAAAAAUCGAAACUUUCAAAGCGAACCACCAAAGAUCCACCUAAAUCAAAUCUUUCAGUUUUUCUUCUUGUUUUCCGAUGUCCCAGUUCUUACCUUAUUCGAGAGAUUGGAGCUUUCAGGUUUCCACUCAAAAAAGUUGUGCAGUCACCUUUUCUUCAUCUCAAUCAAAACUUUCCAAACUCCUGCUUUAAUUAAUUUGAGUUUUAACGCAAUGACCUUCGGCCAAAUAUCCCAAGUUGUUCUAAACUUGCCGGCUUUAGAGGAUGUGACGUGAACGUCUCGAAGCGGUUUCUGGUAGAGGCGGAGGACGAUCAGCAGACUCCGGCGCACAUGGCCGUGUCCAAAGGACUCGACGACGUCCUGGCCGCCCUCGUCCAGCGCGGCGUGUCUCUCGACGUCCAGGACUCGGAGGGGAGGACGCCGCUGCACAUCGCCGUCCGCCAACGCAACCCAUCUGGUUUGUUCUCCGUCUAACAUACAAACUGUCCCUUUCCAGCCGUUAACGUUCUUCUACAAGCGCCUGAUGUUUCUUUCGUCGGGAUCCGCGAUAAGCUUGGCCUGACACCACUCUCUCAGGCUAUGAUCAACAGAGAUCACAAGGUUUCCCUUCAAAAAAUUUGGGAUAUUCCAGAAUCGCCAAAAAAAAGUCGAUUGGGGGGGGGGGGUGAUUCAAAAGAGGGAAAUUCUAGAAUGCCUUGGAAAUCUUCAAGAACCGCCCUUGAGAAAAUCCUGAACUGUUUCAGAUUGCCGCUGCCAUAGUGGAGCGACAACCCCAUGCAGCAGAGCAAAUGAAUGGAGCCGGUGAGACUUCCGGAAAGUUGGUUGCUGAAUUUUGAUAACAGGAGAGAAUCUUCUACAUUCCGCAAUCCGGACCAACAAACUCGAGAACGUUCUAUUUCUUUUGGGCGUCGGCCGUGCCGACCCAACACGACUGACCAAUGACGGCACCCAACGUUCGCCACUGCAUCUCGCUGCCACCGCCGACGACGAGAUGAUCAUCCGAACUUUGGUCUGUCCUCGCCUUCUGCGAGAAUCAAAUACAUCGCUCUCAUCUCAGAUUUUGGCCGGGUGCGACGUCAACACCAGAAUGAACAAUGAUAUGACGCCCCUCCACGAGGCUUUGCGAUCUCGCCACGCAGCCAACGCCUGCAUUCUCCUCGAAAACGGCGCAGACCCGAACCUUCUCGACGAUAUCGGCGAGAAUGGUUCGUUUCAACGAUCACCAAACAAAGUCCCUGAGAAGGCAAACGUUCACUGAUCUUGGUAAAGUGGCUCCAUUCUGUUCAGAUUUUGAAAGUUAACUCCGCCCCUUAGGAGUGGAUCAAACCAAUCAAAGAGCGAGCCAUUCAAAGAGCGUUUGGGGGGGCAGAGUUUGCUGCUUUGAAAGUCGGUUCCGACUAGUAGGAAAAUUCAAAGGAAAAUUAAAGAGGAAAUUUUGAAGAAUAGCCUUUCUUCCAUAGUCCCCAAAAAAGCGUGGUUUCUGAGUUUUGAUCAGAAAGAUUCACUGCUAGCUUCACACGCAAGAAGGCAUGGCCUGUAUGCGCUCUCCACCAACCAGGCACUGUCUCCUUUAUUUUCGUGUCAGGACCUUUUUUUCGAUGGCUCAAGUCUGUCUGAAUCAUAAAUAUUCAUGUGUUCAGCGCUCCACUAUGCCGUGCGCAGCGGCUCCCUCGAGUGCAUCCGCGCGGUUUUGGACGAUGGAAGAUGUCAGCGACGACGUCUCAACCAAGCGUACUUUUUUUUUACUAAAUCAAGUGCAGUCAGAUUCGCGGAGUGAAUCGGGACUUUAGCGGGUGAUCAGGGUUACAAGUGAGGGGGUCUCCAAUUUCGAACAAUCAAAUAAUUUUCGCAAAAUACAAAGGAUUAGAUGAGAACUCCAGGCAACCGAUACUUCUCCUUCGUUUGAAGAUUUUAAAAAUUGGAAAAGGAUACAGUUGAUACAAUUAGUCAAGUCCAAACAUUGCAUUUUCCGUCUUCCGUAAAACUGUUCCGAUUCAAGUUUAAUUCCGCAAAUCUCUUCCGUGCAGCUGUGGCGUCGGCCAUUUGAAUUCAUUUGCGAUUUUGCAGAGGGCAGACAACUCUUCACAUUUGUGCAACUUUGACUCUCGAGCGUCUACCUAACAGGUGAUUCUCUUUCUUCAAACAUUAUGUGCUCAUACACCCUCCUCCAUCUUUGGAGAAGUUCCUUGUGCACCCAAAAAGCUUGUUAUGAUGCAGGACGACAAGUGCCGAGUUAGCAGAAGUCCUUCUGAAUUUCGAAGAGAAGAUAGUCUCGAAAAAUGUUUCCACGUCAGCCGUUAAAGAACUUGAGAAUUUCAUAGAUGCCAGAGACGCUGACGGGUCAACAGGUCUGUCAAUGUGGCUACUUCUCCAAAAAGUCUAUUCAGCUCUGUUCAUCUCCUAUUCCCACGGCAAUUCCGCUCUGUGUCGCGCGCUUCUGCGACGUGGAGCGUGUAUGGGCAUCCGCAACGCUUUCGGUGUCAACGUCUUCACCUAUGAGACGGCAACCAAGCAAUUAUUGUUUGGGUUACUCGGUUUGUACUGAAAGAUCAGUUUGUAAUCAGAUGAAAGUUCAAAUUUCUUGAAUUCACAGCUGCGGAAGAUUUGUUUUUCAUUUUCUUUUCCCACACUUCGCCUCUAGAGAGGGAUUUCUCUGAUAACCCGAAUAUUUUUUGAAAAAAAUAACGCCGAAAGAUUUUGGGAUUUGUAGAGUGGCUGGAGCAAGAGCCGCGCUGGUCGGACGGAGAGUCUUGCGACUGCGGCACGAAAUUUUCCCUCACUCAAAGGAAACACCAUUGUCGGUUAGUUCAGGCUAGAUGUCUCAAACGGGAGCAACUUCUGCCCCUUCCCACUUUUCCACAAUAAACGGUCUUACAGGCAUUGCGGCAGACACGUGUGCUCCAAGUGUUCGGAGACGACGAUGCCCAUAGUCAAGUACGGAGAAGAAAAACGUGUGCGCGUUUGCGACCUGUGUGCCUUCGUCCUCUCUGGAAGACGUCCUUGA